AUGGAAGGUCUUCAACCCAGUGAUGUUCAGCCAUACUCAAGUAUGGCUGGAAAGCUGGAUCCCAGACUUCUCAAGUCCCUCAAUGUGAUGGGUUUCAAUGAUAUGACACCUGUCCAACACCGUGUCAUGACUGAACUUCCCAACUGGCGCAGUGACUGUCUUGUCCAGGCCAAAACUGGCACAGGAAAAACACUCGCUUUUCUUUUACCCGCACUUCACUGCCUGCUCAAUGGAAACACGCCACCGAAAGGCAAGGUCGGCAUCUUGAUCAUCACCCCAACCCGCGAGCUUGCACAACAAAUUGCCAAAUCAUGUGAUCAACUAACAUCGCAGUUGGAGAAGCCCCUUGAGUGCCACAUCGCAGUUGGUGGAACUGCUCGUGCAUCUGCCCACCGACAGUUCAUGAAUGGGUCACCUUCUGUUCUGGUGGCAACCCCAGGACGAUUGACCGAUUACCUGGGUGACGAUGCUACUGCCAAGAAGCUAUCCAACAUUCAAACCCUUGUUCUGGAUGAAGCCGACACGAUGCUCGAAAGCGGGUUUAUCGCUGAUGUUAAGCGAAUUCUCCAGCUCAUCCCCGCGAAGAGCACCGGCUGGCAAGGAAUGUGCUUCUCCGCUACUGUUCCUCCCAAGGUCAGGGAUGUUGUGAAUGUGGUGUUGCGAAAUGAUUACACAAGCAUUAGUACCAUUGACAAGAACGAAGCACCCACACAUGAGAGAGUACCUCAGUACCACGUGCUGAUGCCCUCCGUGAAAGAUACCUUCACCACACUUGCCGCCUUGCUCAAGCAUGAAGUCAAGAAGAACUCAAAAAUCAUUGUGUUUGGUGUAACCGCGCAUAUGGUUUCUCUUCUCGCAGGUGUCUUUUGUAAGGGCAUGAUUCACUUGAAGGUGUUUGAGAUUCAUUCCAGACUCAGCCAGGGUGCUCGCACAAAGACCACCAACGAGUUCAAGGAGGCGGAUUCCGGAAUCUUGUUUGCCUCAGAUGUCAUCGGUCGUGGAAUGGACUUCCCCAACGUCGACUUGGUCAUCCAGGUCGGUAUGCCUUCCAACGGCGAGCAGUACGUCCACCGUGUUGGUCGUACAGCUCGCGCUGGUGCCGAUGGCCGUGCUAUCAUUCUUCUUACCGAAGCCGAGUCUUUCUUCAUGAAAAACAACCGUCACUUGCCAAUCCAGGCCCACCCUGAUACUGAGGCUAUUAACGCGGCUGCCUCAGGAUGUUCUAAGGCUGUUAUGGCUGCCAUGUACACUAUUGAGGAACGGUCAAAGCAGCGCGCAUACUCGUCCUUCAUUGGUUUCUUCGCUGGAUCAGGUCUCCUGAAACAACUUCGUAUCGACAAGGCCGGCCUUGUUCAACUUGCAAAUGAGCUGGCUAUCAAGGGUAUGGGAUGCCCCGAGGCUCCUCCAAUGGAUAAGAAAGUUGUUGGCAAGAUGGGAUUGAAGGGCAUUCCUGGAUUCAACUAUGCGAACCCCAACGAAUUGGACAAGCAGGGUUCCGGUAGAUCGCACGGUCAUUCUCGUGGCAACCGGGGAAGCAACAAGACCCGUGAUGCGCUCAGCCCUGGAGCCGGUCGGGGAGACAGAGGUGGUGUUGAGAAGACCCGUGGAGGAGGCCGUGGAGGCCGAGGCGCACGUCGCGGCGGAGGACGUGGAAAGCCGAGAUCUUAA